AUGACACACCAAACACAUCCGUUUCACAUAGUUAACCCUAGCCCUUGACCCAUUAUAAGUGCCAUAGCUGCCAUAAUACUAACAACAGGACUGGUACUAUGAUUUCACCACAAUCUCAACCUCCUUCUGCUAUUAGGACUAAUCUCAACACUAAUGAUCAUGUAUCAAUGAUGACGAGAUAUUGUUCGAGAAAGUACCUACUUAGGCCACCACACCCCACCAGUUCAAAAAGGGUUACGCUACGGCAUAAUUCUAUUUAUUACAUCAGAAGUUUUCUUCUUCCUAGGAUUCUUCUGAGCAUUUUACCACUCUAGCCUAGCCCCAACCCCAGAACUAGGAGGACAAUGACCACCAACUGGGAUCACCCCACUAGACCCAUUUGAAGUCCCUCUCCUAAACACCGCAGUACUUCUGGCCUCAGGGGUCACAGUGACAUGAGCACACCACAGCCUAAUAGAAGCCAACCGAACGCCCACCAUCCACGCCCUUACACUUACCAUUAUUCUAGGACUGUACUUUACUGCCCUUCAAGCAAUAGAAUACUAUGAAGCCCCAUUCACUAUCGCAGAUAGUACCUACGGAUCUACCUUUUUCGUAGCUACAGGCUUCCACGGCCUCCAUGUAAUCAUCGGAUCGACAUUCCUAAUAGUCUGCCUAUACCGACAAAUUAUACAUCACUUCACCUCGAACCACCACUUUGGCUUUGAAGCUGCCGCCUGAUACUGACACUUUGUAGACGUGGUAUGACUAUUCCUCUACAUCUCAAUCUAUUGAUGAGGCUCCU